AUGGCAGCCUUGUCGUCGCAGCGCGAAACCGGCGCGGCGAGUGCCGAGGGCGACACGGUUCGUCUGUUCAGCGCGUGGUUCUGCCCGUUCGCGCAGCGCGCGUGGAUCGCGCUGGAGGCCAAGGGCGUCAAGUACGAGUACGUGGAGGUGGAUCCAUACGCCAAGCCAGCAGAGCUCAUGGCCGUGAACCCACGUGGCCUCGUGCCUGCUUUGCUGCACAUCACACAACACGGCGAGCAGCAAGGAGAGCAGCAGCAGCAGGGCGAACAGCAGAAGACGCGGUGCCUGUACGAGUCGAGUGUGAUCAUGGAAUACAUUGACGAGGCCUUCCCACCCUCGCCUCUUGCUUCUUCUGCUGCCGCUGGCAGUGGCGCUGGUAGCGGUAGUAGUGCUGCUGCUGCUGCAGGGAGCACGGGUAUGCAUCUGAUGCCAUGGGAUGCGUAUGAGAGGGCGCAAGUGCGCAUGUGGAUGGACUUUGUCAAUCGCAAGAUUGUUCCCACCUUCUACCGCUAUCUCCAGAAGCAGAGCCGGGAGGAGCAGGAGGCAGAGAGGGCAGCGGUAAUCAGCUACUAUGAGCAGCUAGGAGCGGCCAUGGAUUCCAUCAGUCCAGAAGGGCCUUUCUUUCUUGGCCAACGAUUCUCCCUCAUGGACAUCUCACUCGCACCCUGGGUGCUACGCCACGACAUCCUCCAAUUCUACCGCAACUUCUCCCUUCCCUCGCACGACGGAUCCUCUCCGGCACUCCGUCGUUUUCUCAUGUGGGAGACGGCGAUUGGAGCUCACCCAAGCGUGCGUGCCACCCUGGCGGACCGUGAUAGGCUGAGGGAGAUUUACAAGCGGUAUGCGGACAACACAGCAACAUCAGAGGUUGCUGUGGCCAUCAAUAGAGGCACCGCACUCCCAUGA